AUGAACGGCACGAACGGUACGAACGGCGUCAAGGCCGCAAAGCCGGUCUUCCCCGCCGAGGCUGCGUCCAGGGAAUACGCUGCGUCGCUGGACAAGUCCGAUCCACUCCGGGCCUUGAGGGAUGAAUUCAUCAUUCCCUCCAAGGCUAACCUCGCCAGCAAGAAGCUGGCUAAGCCUGGUCUUUCGGAUAAGCCCAGUAUUUACUUCUGUGGUAACUCGCUGGGUAUCCAGCCUAAGGCUGUUGCCAAGUACAUGGAGGCUCAGCUGGAUACUUGGUCUGGCAUUGGUGUCUGCGGACACUUUACCGAUCUUGAAGACUCGCCACUCUCCCAAUGGCAGUUGCUCUCGGAGCAGGCUGCUGCUUCUAUGUGUAAGAUUGUUGGCGCGGAGCCGGCUGAGGUCGCUGCUAUGGGUACCUUGACUAUGAAUUUGCAUCUGUUGCUGGCGAGCUUUUACAAGCCGACGGAGCAGCGCCGGAAGAUCUUGAUGGACUGGAAGGCUUUCCCCAGUGAUCAUUACGCAAUCGAGUCCCACAUCGCUUGGCACGACCUCGACGCCAAAGAAAACAUGGUCCUAAUCGGACCCGAUGAAGGCACAUACGAGAUCCCCACCGAGAAAAUCCUCUCAUACAUCGACAAGCAUGCCGAUGAUGCCGCUGUUCUUCUCUUGCCUGGUAUUCAGUACUACACCGGCCAACUCUUCGACAUUCCCCGCAUCACCAAGUACGCGCAAGAGCGGGGACUGGUGGUCGGCUGGGAUCUUGCGCACGCAUACGGAAACGCUGAACUCAAGCUGCACGACUGGAACGUUGAUUUCGCCGCUUGGUGCACAUACAAGUACGGCAAUGCUGGACCCGGCGCUAUGGGCGGUAUUUUCGUGCACGAUCGGCAUGGUCAGGUGGAUUAUUCUGAAGGCGAGGACUCGCCCAAAUUCCGCCAUCGAUUGACGGGGUGGUAUGGCGGUGAUCGCUCGGUGCGGUUUAAGAUGGAUAACAAGUUCAAGCCUAUCCCCGGUGCUGGGGGCUGGGUCCUUUCCAACCCCUCCGUUAUCGACCUGACCACCCUCUGCGCGGCGCUUUCCGUCUUCGACAAGACUUCCAUGAAGGAGUUGCGUCAAAAGUCGAUCCAUUUGACGGCCUACCUUGAGUUCCUCUUGCUCAAGGACUCGACUGACGAAGAGCGUCUGUUUGAGAUUAUCACGCCCUCGGACCCCCAUGCGCGUGGUGCACAGCUGAGCCUGUUGCUGAAGCCGGGCCUUUUGCACAAAGUCGCGGAUCGGUUGCAGAAUGCCGGCAUCAUUUGUGAUAAGCGCGAGCCGGGCGUUGUUCGCGCCGCACCGGUGCCGUUGUAUAACACUUACUCGGAGGUUUAUGAGUUCGUGGAAGUUUUCAAGGGGGCUUUGGCUUCGUAG